GAUUCCUGUUUGGAACAUUCAGGCUUCGUCAUAUUCUUCAAAAAUUGUUUAUAUUUUUCACAAAACAUAACCUAAAAAAAUGACAGAUGACCGACAUAUCUUCGAUCUAGUAACUUAACAGUUGCAAGGUUGGUCAAAACACAUGUGAUUGAGGCGGCAUGAGGUUAUGUGCUCAACUUUUUUGAAACAUCUUAAAAAUGGAUAAUAUAUUGAAUGAUGAAAAACCUCGUGUAAUUUUAGGAGAAUAUAAAGUGACGCAGAAUUUGCCGUCGAAACCAACUGUUUUGGACGAAAAUUGGGACUUCAAAACCUUUAAAAAGAGAUUUAGAGUGGUGAUAGUGCGAUGCGAAGAAAAUGAACUUGAAUUUGAUUUAAUAGGACUUCAUCCGUUCUUAGCAAACACAUUUAGAAGAUUAAUGUUGAGUGAUGUUCCCACAAUGGCCAUUGACAAGGUUCAUGUUCUCAAUAACACUUCUAUAAUCCAAGACGAAGUUUUAGCUCAUCGUUUAGGGCUUAUUCCACUAAAAGCUGACCCACGUUUGUUUGAAAUGAAAACUGAUCCAUCUGCCGAAGGUACGGAACAGGAUACUCUAGAAUUCGCGUUAAAAAUUAAAUGUACUAAUAAUAAAGACAGCAAUAAAGACUCACUACGAGCAGAAGAUAUGUAUAAAAACAAUAAUGUGUACUCAAAACACAUUAAGUGGGUUCCAGUUGGUAAACAAAAAGAACGGCUUAGUGACGUAGGCCCCAUCCAUCCUGACAUCCUAAUUGCCAAAAUGAGACCAGGGCAUGAACUAGACUUAAAACUAAUUGCCGUCAAAAGCAUUGGGCGAGAUCAUGCGAAAUUCUCUCCAGUUGCGACAGCAUUCUAUCGUCUUCUUCCCGACAUAAAAUUAUUGCGAGAAGUGGAAGGUGAAGCAGCUGAGAGACUCCAGAAAUGUUUCUCUCCUGGUGUGAUUUCAAUCCGGCAUGAAAAAGGUCGGAAAUACGCAGUUGUUGCUAAUACGAGGUAUGAUACAGGAAGUCGAAAUGUUUUCCGUUAUGAAGACCUCAAAGACGCGGUUGCUAUGACCAAAAUUCAGGAUCAUUUCAUUUUUACGGUUGAAUCUGUGGGAGCUUUGCCACCUGAUGUGAUAUUCACAGAAGCUGUUAAAAUAUUAAAAGACAAAUGUCUUUCUUUAUUAGAUGAAUUGAGUCAUGUAUAAACAUUUUACUUAAUAUAUUUUUUAUCAAACCACAAAAAAAUAUAAACAACAAGGUUAAAAAUAAAAAGUCAUCUUAUAAACGUU